UAAAUAACAAGUUACUACCAGUUAUUUUAAUAUUUGUAAGAGUAUACAUAUUCAACACUUCUUUAUAAAUUGAGAGAUUUACAGUAUGAGAGGUCUAGAUUUUUCCAUAGCAAAAGCAUUUCAUGAAGAAUGACACUAAACACCUGUAAGCAUAUAGAAAAAUAUAUGUAUAUAUUAUUUGCAAUAUUAAUAAAAUAUAUUUAUACUUCCAGCUCCUCUCCCGAUUCCUGUCAUCAGAAACUCAUCACAAUGUUCAUCUUCAGAAUCAUCAUCAAGCUCAAAAUGUGUCUUAUUGUGUUCAGUGAUGAAUGUGAGAGAUGUGAGUCUGUCCUGGUACAAAGGAAACAGUUUAUUGUCCAACAUCAGUGUGUCUGAUCUCAACAUCAGACUCUUUCUACCUCUGGAGGUUGAAUAUCAGGAUACAAACACAUACAGCUGUGUGGUGAGCAAUCCCAUCACAAACCAAACUCAACAUCUCAACAUCACUCAUCUCUGUCAGACGUGUUUAGAGGAAUCAGGUGUCACGGCUUUAAUAGUGUUGAUAUUAAUAUCUGGUGUGCUGCUGGUGUUUGUGUCUUCACGUGUGAUUCACUGUUACUGCAGAAAGUAUCAACAAACUAAACAAGAAGAUGAGAAAGAUUUGUCAGAAUACACAGAGAUUAUCUACAGACUUCAGAUCAGACUUCAGUGA